AUGGAUUCGGCUUGGAAAGCUAUAUUUUUAUAUCAUAAUAUGGCUGAACAUUCGGAUAAAAAUUUGUAUUUCAAAAUGGUGAGUUUUGAGAUUGGAAUAGUUAGAGGAACUUCAUAAUUUUUUGAAAAACCAAACCAGAACCCCGAAAAUUUUUAGCUCAACCAAGCCGAAGACAUUUUCACACACACUUGGUCGCUUUGCGUUGAAAUGCAAUUCUACAUUCUUGUCCCAUUUAUUUUUAUCGCCUUUCAAUUUUGCAAAACCUCCAUUCAAUCUUCUAUUGCUCAUAUUAUACUAAUUACACUAUCUCUAAUUCUUCACUUAAUUUCAAAUGAAGAAAUGUCAUUCAAUAAUGUUUUUUGUCGUGUUUGGCAAUUUAUUUUUGGAUCGGUCGCAUUUUAUUUGUCAGAUUGGCUAAUAGUUCAGGAUUCCAAGAAAACAUCAAACAACUAUGAAAAACUUAUUGAAAGUUAGUUGAUUUUUUUUGGAACAUUUCAAAUUUUAAAAAAUUUCAGAAGGAGGUGCUGAAAUUGAAUCUGAAGAUGAUCUCGAAAUUAUUCAGCGGAAAAUUGAGAAAAAUUUGAAUCGCUUGCCUUUUUAUUGUUUUUUGAUGACUAGUUUAGUUGCAUUAACUUAUAUGGCUUUUGCACCAUUCUUGAUCAAUUCAGUGGUUUUGAGAAUUGUGAGUGAAUUAAAUUUUCAUGUGAAAAAUAACCAGUCCACCGACACUAUUAAACUAUAAUUCAAGCUACUUAUUUUCAAAAAUCUAUUGAUUUUCAGUCUGUCACAAUCCUAACUACAAUCUUAAUAAUCUCUGGAAGUAUCGCUGAAAUCAAUCCAAUGUCAAAUCGUCUUCUAGUCUACAUUGGUGAUAUUUCCUACAGUCUUUAUUUAGUCCAUUGGCCAAUUUAUGUCUACCUAAAAUUCUGUUAUUCCGAAGAUCCACAAAUUUUUAUUCUCGGAAUUUCAUUCUCCGUUCUCCUGGCGAUUAUUAUCAUGGAGAGUUUUGAAAAAUUCUACCUUACUCUAAAUUUCAAGCAAAUUUUUGUGCUCUUAUCAACAAUUUAUCUAUCAAUUAUAUUUUUGAUUGUCUAUCAAGAUGCUAUUGAAAACUAUGUGGAAAAUGUGAAAUAUGGUCAUGAACAACUGAAAAACUCUUUCGAAAAUAUCACUCUUCAAGAAGCUAUUGUUAUGAAUAAAAAUUGGGCAAGAAAUGAGUAUAAAUACUUAGUUCUACCAAUGUGCUACCCAAAUAAUACUGAACAUGGAUAUUGUGAAUUUGAAAAUACAAAAUUGACCGGCAAAAUGAGGACAAUGAUUGUUGGAAAUAGUUAUACACCUAAUUUAGCCGAUUUGGUUUAUGAUUCGUUUGGAAAACAUUCCAAGUUUAUGGCAAAAUAUAGUUAUUCUUGUGAGUUAGAAAAUUGGAUUGAAGUUUUCAAAAAAGGAUAAGCCUUAAAAAAUUUUAUUGAAAAUCAAUUUCCAAUCUCCAAAUUUCAGCAUGUGAAGUCCUAACAAUUUCCAACGAUCGAUGUAAAAGCAUCAAAGAUGUCUACCUGCAAGAAGUUUCCAAAGUCUCCCCUGAUGUUUUAUUCAUCAUUGUCCGACCAAAUGUCCUGAUUUCCCCUCUAAAAAAUGGUUCGAUAACAUCAGAUCCAGUUUAUAAACAAGCAUUAGAAGCAGUCAAAAAAUAUGAGAAAAUAGUUCACAAGAAAAUCUACAUUCUCGAUUCAAUAUCACCUCCAUUAACUUUCCGACUUUCAAAAUUCGCAGAAUUAUUGGAGCAAGGAAAACCUGUGCAUCAAUCACAAUACGCAACUGAUUUUUCGUAUCAAAAUGGAAAUAAACGGCUGAAAGAGAUUUUGAAAGAUUGCAAAAAAUGUGAAUUAAUUGAUGUUUCGCAUAUUCUUUUCAAUGGAAACGACACUAGAAGUUAUGAUGAGACAACUAAACUAGGAUAUUAUUAUGAUGGAAUGCAUUUAACACAAUUCACCAAGCAAUUGAUAUAUCCAGAAUUUGUUAGAAUAUCGGAAAAAUUCGAGUAUUAA